AUGGCCUCAUCACUAACCUUCUUGCUUCUUUCUUCUUUAGUCAUAUUUUCACUUACUAGCCAUGCAUUUUCAGCCUCUCUUUCACCUUAUUUCUACUACAAAGUAUGUCCCAAGGCUUUGCCAACUAUUAAAAGGGUUGUUCAAGAUGCAGUUCGACAAGAAAGGCGAAUGAGAGCCUCUAUAUUGCGUUUGCAUUUUCAUGAUUGUUUUGUCAAUGGUUGUGAUGCUUCUAUUCUUCUAGAUCAAACGACUACAAUUGAUAGCGAGAAAACUGCUUUUGCUAAUAACAAUUCAGCCAGAGGAUUUGAAGUAAUUGACAAGAUCAAGUCGGAGGUUGAUAAAGUUUGUGGACGUUCAAUUGUAUCUUGUGCAGAUAUUUUAACUGUUGCAGCACGUGACUCCGUAGUUGCAUUAGGAGGACCAUCAUGGCAAGUGCAAUUAGGAAGAAGGGAUUCAACCACAGCCAGCAGAACACAAGCCAACAAUGACAUUCCAUCUCCAUUUAUGGACUUAUCUUCACUAAUCAACAAUUUCAAGAAUCAAGGAUUGAAUGAAAAAGAUCUCGUUGCACUCUCCGGUGGACACACAUUAGGGUUUGCUCAGUGUUUCACUUUCAGGAAUCGCAUUUACAAUGAGACUAAUAGCAUUGAUUCAAAAUUUGCAAAACAAAGACAAUCUAGUUGUCCAAGAACAGGAGGUGAUUCAAAUCUUGCACCACUUGAUCAGACUCCAUCAUUUUUCGACACAAAAUAUUUCAUUAAUUUGGUAGCAAAGAAAGGGCUUUUGCACUCUGAUCAAGAAUUGUUUAGUGGUGGUCGAACGGAUAAUCUUGUUAACACUUAUAGCACAAAUCCUUGGAUUUUCUCUAAAGAUUUUGCUAAUUCUAUGAUUAAGAUGGGUAAUAUCAAGCCAUUAACUGGGAAUCAAGGUCAGAUUAGGGUAAACUGCAGGAAGUUGAACUAA